AACUAUAUAAACACCUGAUAUCUCAAUGGUUUAAACUCAGUGUUUAAAGUUAAAAAUAGAAAGGAUCAAAUUCCACAUAUCCAAUAUCAACAGCAAAACAUUUCAGUUUAAAACUGUGAAACAAUUUGAAGAAUACUUUUUUUCAAGGUAAAACAUGGCAGUCUCAGGAAAGAGAGCAUCAAAACAAUUUUCUUCAUCAACAACAUCCAUGGCACAAGAUGAAGAUCUUCAAAUUUACUGUCAACCUUGUGACGAGGAAGGAACUAGACUCCCUGCCCAUGGUUACUGCACUGACUGCAAGGAACACCUUUGCAAGACAUGCUUUACAGCCCAUAGGAUAAACAAGUUUACCAAAAAGCAUACACUUCUGGAUGCAACAAGUAUGCCUAAAGUUUUGCAGCAACCCUCAACAUCCCUUCACACAGGUCUGUCGGAUGACUGGACCUUGCCAUGUGGUAAACAUCCAAAAGAAAUUAUCAAGUUCUACUGCUGUGAUCAUACAGAAUUUCUCUGUAGUGUUUGUGUUACCCUUGAACAUCAAGCUUCAUCCUGCAAAGUCAACUAUAUACCAGACAUUUCUGGUGAUAUCAUAGACAGCAAAGAAUAUCAAGUUAUCUUGAAUGCAUUAAAUACCACUUGUGACAAAUUUCAACAGAUAUUAAAAGAUGUCAAGAAUAUGACACACAAAUCAAACAGCUCUCUCAAAGAUGUCAUAGGAGACAUUAUAAAGUUUCGGCAAGAAAUCAACCAAAGACUAGAUGAACUUGAGAGACAGGCUGAAGAUGCAGCUAAAGUCAUAGAACAAGAAAACAACAAACAUCUGAAAGCAGUAGAAACAGCAUGUGAAAGAUAUAACCAAAUCUCUGAAGAAAUCAUCAGACAAAGUCAAACAGCUCAACAGAACAAAACAAGCUGACAAACUCUUCAUUGAUUUGAAACUUGCAGAGAAAACAAUAAAAGAUAGGAGGAAAAAUUACUAAAACUCUCAUCAAAUGAUAUCAAAGAGCACAACUUUCAAUCAAAUGAUGUAAUGUUUAAUUUGUUUAAAACAGAGAAGUCGCUUGGUACACUGACACAGAAAACUUUAAAUACAGAAUGUCAACAUGUACAAAUAAAGUCUAGACAAUCUUCACAUGAGGGACAAAUCUGUGUAAAGACAUCAAAAGAUGAAUAUGGGUGCUUGAUAGCAGGAAUGACCCUGCUGACUCCUGAUCUUCUUAUCAUCACUGACUGUCAAAACAAAGCUGUAAAGAUGGUGGAUACCAGCAGUCAAUCUGUGUCAGAUCAACUACAACUAGAUGAUCAACCAUGGGAUAUCACCACGGUAACCAGUACUGAACUUGCUGUCACACUUCCAAACAUACAAACAAUACAAUUUAUAUCAAUCUCAUCAAACAAACUCAUAAAGAAGCACACUGUGAAGGUUGAUGGGAAAUGUCAUGGUAUAAGCAGUUAUCAAGGUAAACUUGUUGUGUCAUUCCUUAAUCCUGCAAAAUUUCAGAUCUUUGAUAUGAAUGGCACUAUACUGACAACAAUUGAUGGAAAGAAUAUUUUCCAAAAUCCAUGUUAUAUCACAUGUAACAGAAGUUCUAUCUAUGUAUCUGACUGGGGCAUGAAGACAGUAACAAAGUUAAACUGGCAAGGUGAUGUGAUAGGUAGUUAUAGUGGUAUCAGUGAUCCUACUGGAAUGUCACUGUCAGAUGAUGGUACCGUCUUUGUGUGUGACAUGGUGAGAAAUGUUAUAGAAGAGAUAUCAGGAGAUUGUUCUACAGGAAAGGUGGUGCUGCAGGAUCUGAAGACUCCAGUGGCUGUAUGUUGGUGUGGAGAAACAAAGAAGCUGUAUUAUAGCUGUAAUGAUUGGAAUGCAAAAUAUGACAACUUCCUUCACAUCCAUAACCUGUCAUAGACUUGAACAGAAACUUAGUUGAAUUAAAUCAAACAAUGUCAGUGGUUCUUCAAUAUUAAAAAAAAACUUGCAUCAUCCAUUCUUCUGAAAUAUUAGCACUACACAUGUUUUAAGUUUUGUCAGAUUUUUUUUAAUGUUAAAAUCUUAUGUUAUGAGUGAUUAAUGAUUUAAGCAAUCCUU